GUCUCGAAAGCGGAGCAAUGCAUUAAUCCAAUUUCUCCAAUUGUUGCCGUUGUCGGUGUGAACUCUGGAACAGUUCAGCUGCUAAUAAGUUUCACCACUCACUCAAAAUCCCUAUAACAAAAUUAUUUAUUCUGCAUUACGUUUUAGCACAUAUUGGAUAAGGGUUUUAUGUCUUUCUCCCUCUAGAAUCUCAAUUUCAUGUGCACUUGUUACCCCAAUCAGCUUUAGGGUUCCUGUUAGGGUUUGAGUUUAAAGAUACGAAGAUGUACGCUGAUCGAGUGGAGGCUGCAGCUAAGAGGUCAGUUAAGGACCGUCUAAACGGCAAUUCCAUCCUUGACGACUCUACUCGCAGGCGAUCAAUCACUGGCAAAAGGUUGAGGCAAGAUGACAAGUGGGAACAUGAUCUUUAUGACAAUGAUGAACGUCAAAUUUCAAAUCGCAUAGUUGGUGUCCGAGAUCUUCGUUUAAAGCUCCAAAAGAAAAGUGUACAACAAGUAUCUCAAGGUGGAAAGAGUACUUUUUCAGGUGUGCGAGAUCUUCGUGAAAAGUUAUCUGGGACAAUGAAUUCGCAACCACUGAACUCUGAUCCGCCAAAACCAUAUUUGCUGGCUGCUAAACCGUCCCGAAAGAGUGUUGCUGUUGAAGCUCCCGAGACAGACACCAAAAGAGUUGCUGAUCCAACUCUGAGAAAGAAAGUUCAGCAGAAGGCUGAGACAUCGGUUGAUGGAUUUUUGCGGUCAUUGGGUCUUGAGAAGUAUUCCAUUACUUUUCAAGCCGAGGAAGUUGAUAUGACGGCUCUUGUACACAUGUCUGAUGAGGACCUCAAGGCUAUAGGAAUACCAAUGGGUCCAAGAAAGAAGAUACUGUUGGCACUGGAAUCUAGAGGCUGACAUUUUGGAAUGUAGCUGGUUCUUAAUGUUUGCGUAGAUCUCAAAGUCUGAAACAUGUUUUAUUGGUCUUCAAAUUUGUAUACUUCGUGUUUUGGUUGAUAUGAGACUGCGCAUAACAUUUUCUCCUUUUAUUUAUUUAUUAUAUUUUCCUCUAUUUAUCAGUUGUAUGCUAAAAGUAGCUUUGACAAGAUUGUCAUCUAUAUGAAACUAAAGUGGAAUUGAUAGUUUGGGAAUUAGUAGAAACUUUUAAUUGAUGAA